AUGUUACUCAACAAAACCAGGUUGGGAUUUACGAGUCGACCUCCGUCGUGCAAUAUGGAGACUCAUUCAACGUCUGACAUCGUUAUUUUAAGCGGAAAUUCACACCCGGAACUGGCUGAACAGAUUGCUUAUCGUCUCGGCGUACGUAAGGGAGGAUGCUCAGUAUUCCACAAGACAAACAGGGAAACAAUUGUAGAAAUUGCUGAUUCUAUUCGUGGGAAAAAUAUAUAUAUUGUUCAAACUGGUACAAAGGAUGUGAAUAACAACAUUAUGGAACUAUUGAUAAUGGCUUACGCAUGUAAGACUUCAUCGGCUCGUUCCAUUGUAGGGGUCAUUCCAUAUCUUCCAUACAGCAAGCAAUGUAAAAUGAGGAAACGUGGUUGCAUUGUCACAAAACUAUUAGCUAAAAUGAUGUGUAAAUCUGGUUUAACACAUAUUAUUACUAUGGACUUACACCAAAAGGAAAUUCAGGGUUUCUUUGAUUGCCCAGUUGACAAUUUACGUGCAUCACCAUUUUUGCUACAGUAUAUUCAGGAAAGUAUUCCAGAUUAUCGUAACUCAGUUAUUGUGGCACGGAACCCUGGUUCGGCAAAGAAGGCAACUUCAUACUCUGAAAGAUUGCGACUAGCCAUUGCUGUCAUACAUGGAGAGCAGAAGGAGGCGGACAGUGAUGAAGUAGAUGGAAGAUAUUCACCACCAUGCUUACCAAGAUCUCGUACCAUGGAUGUAGGAGUAGGAGUACCUGUACAUCCAGCUAAAGAGAAGCCACCAAUCAAUGUCGUAGGGGAUGUCGGGGGCAGGAUUGCCAUCAUGGUUGAUGACAUGAUAGAUGACGUGCAAUCAUUUGUCGCAGCCGCAGAGGUCUUAAAAGAAUGCGGUGCUUACAAAAUAUACGUCUUGGCAACCCACGGCUUGCUAUCAUCUGAUGCACCUCGCUUAAUCGAAGAUUCUCCCAUAGAUGAAGUGGUUGUUACCAAUACAGUUCCACAUGAGUUACAGAAGAUGCAAUGUAAGAAAAUUAAAACUAUAGACAUAUCUGUUCUGCUUAGUGAGGCAAUAAGGCGCAUUCACAACAAAGAAUCUAUGUCAUAUCUAUUCAAGAAUGUUACAUUAGAAGAUUAA